AUGAGGGUUGCGGAGUUGGUUCAACAGCCCGGUCGUGACCAUCUUCCGUAUCUCACUCCGUAUCCACAUGGACGGGGUCAAACAUGGUUCAACCGAUCCGGGAACGGGAUCAGCGCAUGGAUCAACCGUAUGAUGUACUCGGCCCUCGACAGUGGACAUCCGACUUUCACUCACUUCCCAACCGACAAGCAGGUUCUGUGGUUUCGUCAGUUUGCGCAAGAGUUCAACUGGAAUUCCGAUGAGACGCUCUUUAUCUAUCACCACUUCGUCCAUAAAGUAAUGGACAACUAUGGGAAGCAGAUCCACGAGUGGAAGAAGAAGUGGGAAAUCAAUAAGGUCCCAAAGUCGAUGAACGAUACGGUCUGGAAGGAGUUGUGUGCGCAUUGGGAUAAGGAGGAGACGAAAGAAACUUCUUCCACCAACUCCACCAACCGCAGGAGCGACCGUAAAGGGAAGGGCAUCUACAAGCAUAACUUGGGUGCUCAAUCUAUUGCCACUCUCGGAGAUCGCAUGGCGGAAGAAAAUGAUGGCGAGCCGGUCGAUGAUCUCGCCCUAAUGAGGAGGGCGUAUACCAACAAGAAGACCGGCCAGAUUGAUGACGGUCUUGUGAGGGACGUGGUCGACCUGGUCCAAACUCAGGUGGUAGACGAAGUGUCUCAGCUUCAAACCGAGGAUGACGCUUCGACGGCUUCGACCAACUUGUCCCGGUUUCGAAUCAACGAAAUCGUUGAAUCCUCGGUUCCAAAGAAGAAGGGACGUUUGUUCGGUUUGGGUCGUCGCACCCGGUCGGUUCCUCCUUCUUCUGCACCACCGCCCUUUGUUGAUCCAGAAGUACUUACGGCUCAGUUGAAGGACAAAGAUGAUCGAAUAUCUUUGUUGGAGACCCAGAUGGCGGCUCAACAGGCGGGCUAUGAGGCACAGAGGAGGCUGAACCAGCAAAUGAUGGAGAUGAUGCAGAGGAUGUACCCGAACGAGGUGUUCCCGGACGUGCCAGACCCGGACAACUCCCUCGGAAAAUUCCGAGGAACGGAUCCCUCGGAAUAUACCGAGGGAACAGUUCCUCGGAAUAAACCGAGGAAAAAGUCCGUCGGUAUACUCCUAUCGAUCGAUGUAUAUAUGUCCAAACACGCAUCGAUCGAUGAACUUCCGAGGAAUUAUCCCGACGAAGUUCUACCUCGGUAUAUUCCGAGGACUUUUCCGACAAACAAGGGAUCCUCGGAAUUUCCUCGGAAAUUUAUUUCCUCGGAAUUCCGUCGGAAAAUUCCGAGGGAUUUCAGAGGAAAAAAGAAAUUCCGAGGAAUUAUUUCCGACGACGUAUUUCGUCGGAAUUGCGUCGGAAUAAUGAUAUUCCGACGAAAUUCCGACGAUUUUUUCCCUCAGAAUCCUUGAUGUUUUCUUGUAGUGAGAGUAUGUAGGGCAUUCACGUUAGUGAUUAAUACAUAAUCUACUUUCUAUAUCUACACAAACCACCUCUUAGCAUUGAUGCAUCAAAAUCUCAAUCAGAUUCAGACUCAAAAUCUUCCCAUCAUUCUGGAUGGGGACAUGAAAGAGUAGAGGUCAGGCCAUUGCGAAUGGCUACCCCGGAAUGAACAACCCUUAACCGAAUAACGAUCAUAAAAAAUUCUUGCUUUUCUUUUCGCAUGUUGAGCAUGUCGAUCCGUUAAAAUUGGAGCCUUGCAGCCAUUUUCCCCACAAGAAGAAGCUUUAUUCUUCGUUUGCUUCACCAACCCAAGAAUGGACACCAGUCGUUACUCCGACUUUUGUACAUAAACCGCAUCUGGGCGGGAAGAAUCUAUUACCUCCCCACUCUUGUCUCGAUCGGUUUUAGGGUCUGCCUCCACCUUAUUUGCAAGCAGUGGUACAAGUUCUCACCCAAUUGAAAGAAAAAUAAAACGCUGUUAAAAAUAUAUAGAUAUAUAUAUAUGUAAAUGCAAUGCUACGUUCCUCGUAAUGCAAAACUAGCAACUUGGACAAAGAAAAUCACAACCUGGAAUCAGCGAAGAAUGACUAAUAAAGCUCAAUUAAGAGAGGAGGAGCAUCCCAUGGACGCUCCUACAAGAUUGAAACUCCCAUUUCGAGCCCAUCUGAGACGCUUGGAAGCUGGUGUACUUUCUGAAGAUAAUCUCUAUCACACAUCGUAGCAGCUGUCAUGUUAUUUUUAGCAGGUACCGAUGAACCACCACCUGACGAUACCGUUCAUCUUACAUUUCACCUCUCCCUCCGAGACCCCAAUUGGGUUCAGAUUGACGUAGUCAUGGAGAUCCACUCCAAGACUGAAGAGCAAUAUGACCUAUUGUAUCCGUAAGAUCAACCAAACCAAUAUCAUUACUGAAACACCCGCCCCUUCCCCAUUUCCAACCGGGGAUCCUGGGCGCGGGGUUUAGGACACACAUGUCUACUUUCCCGAUAUCUCUGUGUGUCCCGUUUCUGGUCCUAUGAGUUUCAGGUGCGUUUCCUUUCUUACCAUUGACAUUUCCACUUAUAGUUCUGCAAAAAGGAAGAGGGAAAAAGAGGGGUGAGUAUGAAUACUCAGUGAAGCGAUUCUAGACCAGUCUCCCCCAUGAGCUUUUAUACUGCUCAAUGCGAAACGAGAACCGACUAGUCACUACACCCAUUUGUUAUCUAGUUAUUAAAGUUUCAUUUCACGAAAACAAGCAAUGCAAUGAACUCAGUCAUCACUCAAUCCACAUAAUUCGGUUUUAUAUUUUAAGACUCCAUUCAUCCUAAAACUCUAGGACCUACACAGAUCAAGCGGACCAACCCUCCCCUUUUCUUGCUGCAUUCCUGUGGAGCCGCCUGCCCUGGUACACUCGGCAUCCGGUUCCCUUGGAUGUAGUCUAUACCCUUUGCAGUGUAUUACGACCCCUUCCCGCCAAGACUCGGCGUGACUCAAUCUUACCGGCGCCUCUAUUCUUACCCUGCCGUUUUCGAACGCUACGGCCGCCGCGUUUUCCCAUACUCCCCACCAGUCCCUCGGUGGUUCGUAUUUCAUUCACUUAAUUUCCCAUACUCCCCACCAGUCCCUCGGUGGUUUGCAUUUCAAUCAUUUAACCUUCCUUUUCUUAUCAUUUCCUUUUUCCUUAUCAUUUCCUUUUUCCUUAACCCUUAGACUCUUUCUUACUUUCCGUUUUAGACGCCACCCAUUCUCGGUGUCACACUCAAUCCAUUUAACAAUCAGUCAUAGAUAUCCUACCAUUCAUCUAACCAGACCGGUUAACAGUUCUCUUAAGAUCCUACGUUCAUUUCUUUCUAACCAUCCUAGCUCUCAAUCACAAACAACAGAUCUUCUAUCAACCAAUCACUCAAUCAACAAUCAUCAAUAAACCAGUUCGUGUAAAGUUCUUAAUCAGUAUGAGAGUUCUGAUGCAAUAUGAUCUAUCAUCCUAACAACAAACAGGAUCUAAUCAAUCCUAGCAACCCAUUCAACAAUAUAAAAGAACAUAGAACAGAUCUGGAUAGAACACCUCACCUUAGCCUAGAUCUGGAUCUGAGAAUAAGGAGUAAGAGAAACGGGAUCUGAAUCUAUGACACCACGCGGCCACCACCACCACUCGCGGCUGCUCACGGCAAGGAGAGAGAGACGCGGCCGAGAGAGAGAAAGAGGCACGGCGAGGAGAGAGAGAGAGAGGAGGAACGUGGCGAAGAGAGAGAAAGAAGAGAGAGACGGCGCGGGGAGGAGAGAAAGAGAGUCGACGGCUAGGGCUUCUAAUCUCCGGGAAUUCUUUGCAGGGCUUCGCUUCUAUGUUUCUGAUGUGGGACUAAAAGGGUGGGAGCUUGCUUUUAUAAGUGGAGAAAGGGGAAAACCCUUGGGCUCUCUUGUUGGGCUGUAGAGAACCCAUUUGACUUUAAAAGUUUUUAAUUGGGCUGGUUUUGGGGUGUUACAAUUCUCCCCCUGUUUAUCGGAAUUCGCCCCGAAUUCCAAUCUUCAGGCUUUAAACCUUAACAUCUCAAAACCCGAGGAAAGUUUUCAAACACAAUCAAGGGAAGCACACAAAAGGCAUCUUACUUGCUCAAGUUCAUUUAAAACCAACAACGAAUUUAAUAAAUGAAAUGGAGUAGGACUACAAUAAAUAGAUAGGUCUCAAGGUAUCGCUAAAAUCCGCGAAUAUCCUUAUAACAAGAAAUGAAAAGCUAAAAAGAACAAUAGGAAAUGAAGAAAACCGUGUCCUACUCCUACUAGCUGAUUCAGGAAUCACAACUAGCCACUUCGAACUGGAGACUUCUGCUCCCCUUCCGGCUUAGGACCAGCCACGCGGCCACUCCCCGUCGCCGACGCCGACUCCUCUUCCCACUCUGAGUCCUCCGAUGGAUCCUCUUCCACCUCUACGUCCUCCUCAGAGCUCGAGAUGGCGACGAUCCGACGAGUAAGUGUCCGUUCAGCCUCCAUUGCCUGACCGGCCAUCCGGUUCACCAAGGCGAAUUCCCAUGGUUCCAACACACCAAUCAGCUUUCCCCGAAUUUCUUCGCGGAGUCCUGCCUUGUACCACCGGCACCAAUCCUCCGCUGUCUUGGGCUUGCAUCUUUUGGCUGACACCAGGAAUUCCUCUGUGUACUCCCGGACUGAGCGCGGUCCCUGCGUGGCCUGCAUCACUGUUCCACACUGACAUACUCCGGUUAUGUUCCUCAGGCUCUCUGCAUCAAUGCUCGGAAUCUUCCUUGGAUGCCCACGUUUCCUCGUUGGUACACUGUCCUCCAUCCUGAUCGGUCCCGGACCUUCCCUGGUCGGCCCCGUCGUCCUUGGGCGCCCUCGCCCCUUUGUGGCCGGUGUCAUGUCAACUUCAGGUGCAAACUGGAAAGUCCCCUGACCCUGGUACAAUCGCCUGUACUCGGCUGCCCGCUGAAAAUGGGGGCAUCAAAACCCGACGCCUCACGGUCGUCUCCUGGAUGGGGGCGUUCGGCUGCUCCGCGAACUCCAUUUCCUCUUCGUUUGGGAAGAGUGCAGGUACCAUGUCACCCCAAGCGUCACAGUAGGGCUUGCGGGCGUACGCCCUUGUCCCUUUUGGUCCAUAGCGCAUGCGUCUUUCUCCGAGCUCGUGAUGCACUGGUGAAGACAUCCUGCAGCGUAAAAACAAAGACCUGAUCAUAAUGUAAUAGUAGUCAUGCAGAGAUGGCAGUUUUUCAAUCAUUUCUCAAAACUAGUGCUGCUUCAGCAUUCCAUGAAAUCUCAUCCACGGUGUGGUUCUUAUCGUCCCUUUUUAUCCUAUGAAGAUCCCAUAUCCUUAUUAGCAUUUCGCAUUCUGCUCCAAGAUAACUCUCCGUCAUCCUUUUUACCCCAAGAUGAUCCUCCAUCAUCCUUUUUACCCCAAGAUGAUCCUUAGCUUAGUUCUCACAAUCUGAAAUCGGCUUUCUCCUACUGUCUCGCCGGUAGUCCCUUGGCCGCCCUGGUUCACCUCUUCUUCAUCGGCGGGCCCACGCCAUGGUGGUGGGACCCGCGCCCAUAUUUUUUUUUUUUUUUUUUUUUUUUUUAAUA